UGCUAUAAAAUCUGGCGACCCCAACCAUUGUUACCUCAUCAAUUCAUACUUGUCUACUACCUUAACAUCUCUCGUUUCCCUUACAGAAAUUUCGAAACUUAGUUAAGAUUCUAAGAGGCACUAAUCAUGUUGGUAUAUCAGGAUCUUCUCUCAGGUGAUGAGCUUCUCUCUGACUCAUUCCCAUACAAGGAAAUUGAGAAUGGAAUGCUGUGGGAAGUAGAAGGCAAGUGGGUUGUUCAAGGGGCAGUUAGUGUGGAUAUUGGGGCCAACCCCUCUGCUGAAGGCGCUGAUGACGAAGAAGGUGUUGACGAUCAAGCUGUCAAGGUUGUCGAUGUUGUGGACACUUUCAGGCUUCAGGAGCAGCCUCCUUUCGACAAGAAACAGUUGAUAGCAUAUGUCAAGAAAUAUAUCAAGAACUUGACUCCCAAGCUUCAACCUGAGAAGCAAGAUCAGUUCAAGAAAGGCAUCGAAGGAGCUACUAAAUACCUUGUCUCAAAGCUCAAGGACUUCCAAUACUUUGUUGGGGAGAGCAUGCAUGAUGACGGGACGAUGGUGUUUGCAUACUACAAGGAAGGAGCGACUGAUCCAACUUUUCUAUAUCUGGCUCAUGGCUUGAAGGAGGUCAAGUGCUGAUCAAACAGAGAUUCAACUUAUGGUUAUAGUUAACAUUAGUUUUAAUUUAAUUGUCAAGUUUUGAUGUUAUUUUUUGUUUGAAUUUUUGAGUUGUGUUGUUUUAGUUUAUAAUAAUAAAAAUUUACUAGUGUUUGCUAAAUCUUGUGUCAUGCACAGCAAUAUCUACUUUUGUAUAUUUCUGUUUAUGUUUU